AUGCCCGAGCGGCACCACCGAAGACACCAUACCUGGCCCCACUGUGGCUCCGAGUUAUGCAUGCGUGAGCCCCGGCGCUUUGAGCUACAUGUGUCGAAGCCAGACGAUGGUCCUGCGGUCUAUAUCCCAUCUUUAGUUCAUUCACCAGCAGCAUACCCCGUCAUGUCAGAGGACUUGCUCUGCGACGACAUGGGAAUGCCGGAGCUAGCCCGGCAGCCAAAGCGGAUGCCUCGUCUCUGGUUCAGAUCGUCCGAUAAAUCAAGCAAUGAGGAUUUUUCGGUAUCGGGGUACUCGGGGCCAGCCUGGAAACAAACACCCCGGCGGGUAUUUCGCCGUUUGACUCGUCGACCACCUUUGAGUAAAAGCAGAUCACUGUUUGUCGUACCUUCAAACAUGAUGACCAUUGAACCGAACGUAAUGUCCGCUUAUAUUCCACCACAAGCCCUGGCUCACCAGAUUGUGGUCUCGGAUAGGGGGAAAACUGUCACCGCUGGGGCCGAUGCAGCACGUUUCAUGGCGGAGAGACGGCACCGCAGAUGCCAUUCCGAACAACCACGUGCAUGGAGAAGACCGAGUGCAACAAUUUGGCCACUUCGGGAACAGGAGGAAUAA